AUGUCCAGCACGCCGCAUGACCCCUUCUAUUCUUCCCCUUUCGGCCCAUUUUAUAGGAGACAUACCCCCUACAUGGUGCAGCCAGAGUACCGAAUCUAUGAGAUGAACAAGAGACUGCAGUCGCGCACGGAGGACAGUGACAACCUCUGGUGGGAUGCGUUUGCCACUGAGUUUUUUGAGGACGACGCCACAUUAACCCUUUCGUUUUGUUUGGAAGAUGGACCAAAGCGAUACACCAUCGGCAGGACUCUCAUCCCCCGCUACUUCAGCACCGUGUUCGAAGGCGGGGUGACCGACCUGUAUUACAUUCUCAAACACUCAAAAGAGUCAUACCACAACUCAUCGAUCACGGUGGACUGUGACCAGUGCGCCAUGGUCACCCAGCACGGGAAGCCCAUGUUUACCAAGGUGUGUACAGAAGGCAGAUUGAUCUUGGAGUUCACCUUCGAUGACCUCAUGAGAAUAAAGACAUGGCACUUUACCAUUAGACAAUACAGAGAGUUAGUCCCGAGAAGCAUUCUAGCCAUGCAUGCGCAAGAUCCUCAGGUCUUGGAUCAACUGUCCAAAAACAUCACCAGGAUGGGGCUGACGAACUUCACCCUCAACUACCUCAGGUUGUGUGUAAUACUGGAGCCGAUGCAGGAACUGAUGUCGAGACAUAAAACCUACAACCUCAGUCCACGUGACUGCCUGAAGACCUGCCUGUUCCAGAAGUGGCAGCGCAUGGUGGCGCCCCCAGCAGAACCCACAAGGCAGCCGACCACAAAACGGAGGAAAAGGAAAAAUUCCACCAGCAGCACUUCCAACAGCAGCGCUGGAAACAAUGCAAACAGCACUGGGAGCAAGAAGAAGACCCCAGCUGCAAACCUGAGUCUGUCCAGUCAGGUACCUGAUGUGAUGGUGGUAGGAGAACCAACUCUGAUGGGAGGAGAGUUUGGGGACGAGGACGAAAGACUAAUCACUAGAUUAGAAAACACGCAGUAUGAUGCGGCCAACGGCAUGGACGACGAGGAGGACUUCAACAAUUCACCCGCCUUGGGGAGCCACAGCCCCUGGAACAGUAAACCGCCAGCCACUCAAGAGACCAAAUCAGAAAACCCCCCGCCCCAGGCUUCCCAAUAA